AUGGAAAGAAAUGCCGAACGACAACGAAGGAGACGUGAUUUGGAAGCGGCUGAAGAGCGAGUAGUACGGUUGGAGAACAACAGUCAGCUGCAAAGAAGAAGACGACAACUAGAAACCACUGAUGAGCGUGAGAUAAGACUGCAGCGGAACGCACAAAUCCAGCAUAGAAGACGCACAUCUGAAAGUAUAGAAGUGCGAGAAGUGAGAUCACAAGCGGAAGCCGCGCGUCUUCUGAGGAGGCGAGAAUCAGAGAGUAGCGCAGCACGAGCCGCUCGGCUUCAAGAAGACGCUGAAAGACAUCGGAGGCGCCGUGCUCUUGAAAAUGAAGACGAAAGAUCUGCUCGGCUACGGAUAAAUGCUUCCGCUGCCCGCUCACGACGGAACAGAACUACAGAGUCUACCGGAGAGGCGCUGCGUACACGCUUUGCAGGAACAAACUAUUUAGGCGAACUCAGCCAACGAUGCAUAGAUUGUGGAGCUCUGCACUUCCCUUGCGAAGUGAAAAUCACCCAUCCGGGCAAGUUCCAGGAGUGUUGUGAUCUUGGACGAUGUUCCUUGAACUUCUUCAAUGACUUUCCCGAACAAUUGCGGCAGCUCUUUGUUCGAGAACCACAGCAAAACGAAGAACUACGGCGAGUUCCGGACAAUCUGUCAAAACCAGAAAAAAAGGAUUUCGAGUACUCUCACUAG